AUGCUGACCGACUCCAACGGACAAACACCUUCAGAUCCAGUCGGCUUAUCACCGACAGCUGUUGAAUUUGAGGAUGGAGACGUUGGCUGGCAGGCUCUGGGUCCUGCCAUAGCUCUCACGACUGUUUCCUCGGUAGUCGUUGGCUUGCGAUGGUAUGCGCGAUGCAAGAUCGUUCGACGUGUAGGGCUGGACGACUACAUCAUUCUUAUAUCAUUGAUUCUCGUCUGGAUGAUGUCUGGUCUCAUUGGAGCGAGUGUGCACCACGGUGUAGGCAAAUAUCAUGGUGACGUUAAUACCAACAUGAUCGCGAAGCUCAUCGUCGCACAAAACUCAGUCUGGGCGAUUACAGUCAGCACUACAAAGGCUUCCAUCCUGGUACAAUACUUGCGUAUUUUCAACAACCGACGCAAUCGAAUUACGUGCUACAUUUUGAUGGCCAGCCUACUACCUGCCACUUGUUGGGGUAUCUUUGGCGGCAUUUUUCUGUGCAAUCCAGCCCGCAAGCUCUGGAACCCAUAUUUGCCUGGCCACUGUAGAGAUGCCCAGAUCUAUUGGACCUCUGUGGCAGGCGUUGACAUUGGUCUCGACAUCCUGGUUCUGCUACUCCCCAUCCCAUCCAUUUCUGGCCUGCGCCUCCCUCGAAAGCAGAAAAUCGCAACGAUGCUAGUCUUCCUGCUUGGCUUUCUUGUCUGCGCGGUAAGCGUUGUGCGAGUCGCUACCGUGGUGGGCGCCGCAACGCAAGGCGACCUGAUCAUGAGCGGAAUAUGGUCCAUCAUCUGGUCGGUGACAGAGGCGAAUGUUGGUAUCAUUUGUGCAUCACUGCUGGCCCUCAGGGUAUGGAUUGUGAGGAUCUGCCCAAAGCUCAUGGAAGAGACAGAGCCACCCCAAAAUGCACAACGCCUUCCAAUGAUGGAGAAUGCAGAGGCGACGUGGAGAUCGGCUGACUCUGAAGCACCGACGCUUGGAGCAGAUGGCAGUUUGUCGACCAUGCAGUUGAAGGUCCCGGGCUCAUCUCAGGUGUAUGAUCUUGGCGGUAUUCAGGAAGCAGACAUUGUGGACCCACUUAUGGCGACUUAA